GUGAUUAGCAUCGGUCACACGACUUGAAAUCAUGAAGUUGCUGGCAUUGAGCGUGCUGGUGCUUCUUUGCGGGCUCCUCGAGGUCCAAUCCGAGGGCUAUAAUGGCUACAAAGUGUACCAGGUGACGCCCAAAACCCUCCAGCAAGCCGACAUUCUUCACCAACUCCAUGAAGAUCCAGAGUUCGACUUCUUCCAAGAUGCCAAACUCCUGGGGCAGCCAAUGAGCAUCAUGGCCUCUCCAAGGGUUCAGCAGUACUUUGAAACCACCUUGGCCAAUCUCACUCACGAAGGUUUGGACUACACAGUCACCACGGAGGAUGUACAGAAGGUGCUUGAUGAAGAAUAUGCAGACUUUGUAAGAAGAAACGCCAGUAGACAGGCGGGAGCACGAGCAGUGUUCGAUGAGUACAUUUCCCAUGCCGAGGUGUUGGCCUAUUUGGAGCGUCUGGAGCGUGAGCAUCCUGAAAUAGUGAGGCUGGAAUCGAUCGGUCGCUCCACUGAGGGAAGGGAUUUGCUUUUGAUUCAUAUCGGCUCGGGACGCCCAAAUGCGCCCACUAUUUUCAUCGACGCUGGCAUCCACGCAAGGGAAUGGAUUGCCACUCCUAGCGCCCUUUAUAUCAUCAGUCAACUGGUCGAAAACCCUGCCCAUGCCCGCCUGCACCAGAACGUAAAUUGGGCAAUUAUUCCAGCCAUUAAUCCUGAUGGUUACGAGUUCUCCCGAUCUUCAGUUCUGAAUCGACUGUGGCGCAAAACAAGAAGACCCAACCAGGGCAGUACUUGCAUUGGAACCGACCCGAACAGGAACUUUGGCUAUCAGUGGAAUACUGGUGGCGCCAGUACGAACCCUUGCAGCGACAUCUAUGCCGGACCUGAGCCCUUUUCUGAGCCCGAAACUGAUGCCAUUCGCAGGUACUUCAUCAACCACUACACUGAGAUUAAGCUGUACGUCACCAUCCACAGCUAUGGGAACUAUAUUUUGUAUCCUUGGGGAUUUACUAGUGAAUUGCCUCGCGACGCUCUCCAUCUGCAGACUGUAGCUGAAGCUGCAGCUAGACCGAUCGAAGCAGCCAGUACUUUGGGGUCCAGGUACACCAUUGGUUCUUCGACCAACGUCUUAUACGAGGCGUCCGGGGGAAGCGAUGAUUGGACAAAAGGAGCGAUUGGCGUCGAUUUGUCCUACUGCUUCGAAUUGCCUGGUGGUGGUUCGUUUGGAUUCAACCCUCCAGUGGCGAUGAUUAGGCCAAUUGUGGAGGAGACCUUCGAAGGCUUCAUUGCGCUGGGGGAAUACAUUGGGUCUUUGUACGGUUAGUGCCUAAGAGUUGUUUGGAUAUACACAGAAUUUAAUUUG